AGAAGUACAGAACAAGGGAGCCAGGCAGGCCGAGCUGCGCCACAAGGAAGGACAGGGACAGGGGCGAGAGCCACGACACGGGGAUCCUGCAUCCCGCUCCCACCAUGUCCCUGGUGGAGACGAUCCGGCUGUGGCAAGAAGGGGUGUGUGCUGCGGACAGGAAGGAGUGGAGCGCUGCCCUGGAUGCCUUCACGGCCGUCCAGAACCCCCCUGCCAAAAUCUGCUUUAACAUCGGCUGCAUCCAGCUUGUCCUGGGGAAGCUGGCGGAGGCGGAGGAGGCGUUCACCCGGAGCAUCGGCUGCGACAAGCACCUGGCUGUGGCUUAUUUCCAGCGGGGGACCAUGUUUUACCGGAGGCAGAACCACGGAAAGGCCAUUGAGGAUUUCAAAGAGGCGCUGGCCCAGCUGCGAGGAAACCAACUCAUCGACUACAAGAUCCUGGGGCUACGCUACCGGCUCUUUGCCUGCGAGAUUCUAUACAACAUUGCACUGGUGUAUGCCACAGCAGAGAACUGGGAGAAGGCUGAGGAGCACCUGACCCUGGCCAUGAGCAUGAAGAGCGAGCCCCAGCACAACAAGAUAGACAGGGCAAUGGAAGCCAUCCUGAAGCAGAAGCUCUGUGAGCUGGUGGCCAUUCCUGCAGGGAAGCUGUUCAGGCCAAAUGAGAAGCAAGUGGCUCAGCUGGAGAAGAAGGACUACCUGGGAAAGGCAAUGGUGGUGGCCUCUGUGGUGGACAAGGAUGACUUUUCAGGAUUCGCUCCCCUACAGCCACAGGCCUCUGGUCCUCCACCCAGGCCCAAGACCCCAGAAAUCCUCAGGGCCCUCAGGGGGCAGCCACACCGUGUCAUGUACGAGUUCAUUCCUGAGACCGCUGAGGAGCUGCAGGUCCUGCCAGGAAACAUUGUCUUUGUCCUGAAGAAAGAGAAGGACAACUGGGCUACAGUGAUGUUCAAUGGAAAGAAAGGGAUUGUCCCCUGCAACUUCCUCGAGCCCGUGGAGCUCCAGAAUAAGCUGCAUAUCCAGGAAGAAACCCCUGUGGAAAUGGAGAUCUCCGAGCCACCCACCUCCGCUGUGCCGGAGAAGCCGCGGCGGCUGGCGCCAGACUAUGUUCCUGCUACCGUGGCGCAGCCAAGAGACACAGCAAAGGAGGCUGAACCAACUGUCCUCAAGGUGCAUUACAAAUUCACAGUGGCCCUGAGAGUGGAUCGAAGCCUCUCCUACAGGGAGCUCCUGGAGCUGGUUUGCAGGAAGCUGGAGCUGCAGCCCGAGCACACGGAGCUGAGGUACAAGCCUGUGGAGGGCCAGGAGCUGGUGAUUCUGAGUGCAGAGAAUGUGGAGGCAGCCUGGAGCCAGAGCAAGGACAACUGCCUGACAGUCUGGUGCAAUGGCACAGAGGGAGAGGGGUUUGUACCAGACAGCAAACCAGAGGAGUCACUGCAGGAGACAACGCCUGGGGAGAUGGGACCGAACCAUGUUGUAGCUCAGUACAGUUACGAAGCCACCCAACCUGAAGACCUGGAGUUUCAGGCAGGAGACAUGAUCCUUGUUUUAUCCAAAGUGAAUGAAGACUGGUUCGAAGGCCAGUGCAAGGGGAGGACUGGCAUCUUCCCAUCUGCAUUCGUUCAACAGCCCAACACUGAACACCCAGAGAAGUGAUCUCAGAAGAGCUUGAAGUUGUGGAGAGAAAUUAAGAAUUCAACUGUUGCCAUUAUGUAGUCUGCAUAUGAAUCCCUGCAUCUGAA